CCUGGACUCACUUCUGUCGCACGCCCCCACGCAAAAAUGUCGGCGCUUAUGUUCGGGCAAUUACGGGCCCAUCUCUCUCGCGUGCGCCACGGCGCAUACUUAGUCUCUGGGUCACAUGAUGCCUGUCAUGGCCGCCUCCGUGGCAUGGGGAGGCGUGAAUGCUGGGUUCCUGCUGCGGGCGGCCAGGGGUGCCUGGUGGUGCCGACCCGGGGGCUUUUGGGGGUCCGGGGAGGCGGCGGCGGCGCCUGCGACAGCCAAGAAGUUCCGGGCGACAGGCUCGCGCCCGGCGGGAGAGGAAGAAGCCGGCGGCCCCGAGCGGCCCGGGGACGUGGUGAACGUGGUGUUCGUAGACCGGUCAGGCCAACGGAUUCCGGUGAGCGGCAGAGUCGGGGACAAUGUUCUCUACCUGGCCCAGCGCCAUGGGGUGGAUCUGGAAGGAGCCUGUGAAGCCUCCCUGGCGUGCUCCACCUGCCACGUGUAUGUGAGCGAGGACCACCUGGACCUUCUGCCUCCUCCUGACGAGAGGGAGGACGACAUGCUGGACAUGGCCCCCCUCCUCCAAGAGAACUCCCGGCUGGGCUGCCAGAUUGUGCUGACACCUGAGCUGGAAGGGGCUGAAUUCACCCUGCCCAAGAUCACCAGGAACUUCUACGUGGACGGCCACGUCCCCAAGCCCCACUGACUCAGGCAGCUGGAUGGUCCCAGACACUCACGGCCCCAGGGCCAGGACUGGAGGAAUAGCCAAGUUGCCAGCCCCGCCCAGAGCACGGGACAGGCCCGGGAGAGAUGGCGGAAGCAACCGGAAGGCCAGAACGCGUGCUUCAGAGAGAUCCCGCGUCCAGGCUCUGGUGGGGACAGGGCCCCUGUUGGGUCAGCCUCCCCCAAACCCCUGAAAAUGGGGGUGUGGAUAGGGGUGGAACCUAAUCGGAGAGAUAAUAAAACCGGCUCACAGAC